AUGAAGUCCUGGAGACUGCUACAUGCAAGUUUAACUUUGUUAAUCCUUGUUGCCAGAAGCUGUGGAGGACACAUCAAACAUGGGCCGGCUCUGAAAAUGGAUCAAGCUUUGCUCAAAUUUGUUAACCAGUUGACAGAAGAGGUGCAGGUUUUCUACACAUCAGAUUACUGCUACAAGUGUGUCUACCAGCAUUUGGCCACUGUGAAACCCAGCAACAACAAUGCAUCUGCGAUUAUCAGCACCAAAUUCACUCUGACUGUGCAAGUGAUAUCACAGUCGAUGAAUGUAACUCUCUGCAGGUGGAGUCAGACAUACGAGGAAGGUGGUCAUUACUCUGUUUGGAUCCACGUGUCAGAGGUCGGCAGUAAUCCAAGCUGCACUCCAGCUGUGGAUAAAACACCAAACAGUCAAUAUCUGCCUCUUGUGGCGGCAGCUCUCCUCCUGGCCAUAAUCGCUCUCUUAUUCGUUUUGAUACCCUACAUCUUCAGGAGGCGUUGUACAUCAAAAUUUAUUAGGACCAUUUGCUGCCAAGGCUCAAGCUACUCAGUGGAUAAUGACAUUGCACUUGCUUCUGAAACGGCGCACAAUACCAGUAAAGCUAAACCACCGCGUCUGCUCUCCCUGGACGCUUUCCGAGGGUUUGCCCUGACGGUGAUGGUGUUUGUGAACUACGGUGGAGGAGGCUACUCCUUCUUUCAACAUGCACCAUGGAAUGGUCUAACUGUGGCAGAUCUUGUCAUGCCAUGGUUUGUGUUCAUAAUUGGGACUUCAGUGGUUUUGGCUUUCAGCUCCAUGCAGAGGAAAGGAGUCAGCCGCCUGCAGCUGCUGCAAAAAAUCACCUGGAGAACAGUCGUCCUGCUGAUGCUCGGCUUCUGCUUCCUCAACUACUCUCCAAAAGACGGACCACUCUCAAAAUCCAGCACCAGGGGACGUUUAACAGAGGCAGAUUGGGUCCACAUCCUGAAGGCCGACACCAUUUCUGUGGUCCUCACGCUGUCCAUCACCCUCCUGCAGGAAAUACAUCACUGGUGGAACCCUGCCCAGGAUGUUUUCCUCUAUUGGCCACAGUGGCUGAUUAUCAUCCUGCUGGAGACUCUGUGGCUGUGCAUCACUUUCCUCAUGCCUGUACCCAACUGCCCCACCGGGUAUCUAGGAGCUGGUGGAAUCGGUGAUAACGGUCUUUACCCAAACUGCACCGGAGGAGCAGCAGGAUACAUUGACAAGUGGAUGUUUGGUGAUAACAUGUUCAGAUACCCCACAUGCAAAGAGCUGUAUCAGACCACACAGCCCUUUGACCCAGAGGGGGUUCUGGGUACAAUCAACUCCGUUGUCAUGGGAUUUAUGGGGAUGCAGGCGGGGAAAAUUAUAAUUUUCUACAAAAAGAUGAACAUCCACAUCCUCUGUCGAUUCCUGGUGUGGGCCGUUUUCCUGGGAAUCUCUGCAGCCAUCCUUUCUAAGUGCACACGAGACGGAGGAUUUAUACCUGUCAAUAAAAACCUUUGGUCGCUGUCCUAUGUGAUGUGUAUGGGCUGCUUCUCUUUCCUGCUGCUGGGAGCCAUGUACUUUGUCAUUGAUAUGAAGGGCUGGUGGGCUGGACAGCCAUUCAUAUACCCAGGGAUGAACUCCAUCUUUGUGUAUGUUGGCCACUCUCUAAUGGGUUUCUACUUCCCCUUCAGCUGGGAGAUGCGCUUCCAGGAGAGCCACUGGGAGUUCCUCCUCCAGAGCCUGUGGGGAACUUCACUGUGGGUGCUCAUCGCCUACCUGCUCUACAGGAAGAAAUUCUUCCUCAAAAUAUAA